AUGGACUUUGAGGAUCACCAGUCACUAGAUCUGCACUUGGAGAAGAAACACCAUUACUGUAAGACUUGCGAUGAGCAUUUCGAGACGCCUACGGACUUACACAACCACAAACGACACAGCAAAAUGCAUCAUUACUGUCAGGAGUGUGAUGAAGAAUAUACAGAUACCGAGACACUAACAUCCCAUCAACGAGCGAAGCAUCCCUAUUGCGACAUCUGUGUCGAGGUUUUCCACUCCUCAUAUAACCUCAAUGAGCAUAACCGCUUUCAGCAUGCGUACCAACUCUGUUGUGUAUGUUCCAGAUACUAUCCUGAUGUUGCAUCAUUGAAAGAGCAUAUGCAAACGAGCCAUCAUUAUUGCCAGCGAUGCGAUAUGGCUUUCGAGACACCUGCUUCUCUCGAGUCCCAUAUUGUGGAAAGUGACCAACAUCAUGUCUGCCCUCUCUGUGAUUUUGAUUCUAAGGAUAUUGAGUCUUUCGGGCAUCACGAGCAGUCCGCGCACUGCUACUGCGAAGCAUGCGAGCAAGCUUUCGUGUCAUCGGCUGCGCUCCAGGAGCAUAUGGCCCAAAGCGACGAACACCACUACUGUCCGCAAUGCGAGUGUGAUUAUGAAGACACUCGAGCCUUAGAAAUCCACAAUGAGAUCCAGCAUCACUACUGCAAGCUUUGCUGUAUCUACUUUGAUACUAGUAAAGCUUUCGAAGCCCAUAAGAUUGAGAGCAGCGCACACUAUUACUGUGAUACAUGUGUUGUUGAGUUUCGCGAGCAGCAAACCCUAGAAAUUCAUAUCCGGGACUGCCAUGUCAUUACCACCUAUCCCAAUGAAGAAGUAAUUGAAGGAGCAGCAACGGCUGGAGAAAUAGUGAACAAGGAAGUAACGAACGAAGAGCGCAAAAAUGAAGUGUUUAAGGGCGGAGAGGCUAUAGGUGAAGAGCCUCAUGGUGAAGAGCUUCAUGACGAAAAGCUUAACGGUGAGGAGUUCAAGGGUGAAGAAUCUAGGGAUGAAGAGGUUAUGCGUGAUGAUUCUCAACCAGGAGAGGAUCAGCCAACAAUCAGCGGAACAAAGUGUCCCGCUUGUCCAAAGAUGUUUCCCGCAAAACUCUCAAUGAUUAAUCAUUGCGAAGAAGGCGACUGUUGGGAAGCACUCUAUCGCGUCUUAUGUCGUGAGGACGAAAGUAACGAAUUUACUAUUGACUCGGUCGAGAAGGUAGCGGCUCAUGAUACGAAGCAUUUUCAAUGCCCCCAGCCGUAUUGCAGCGAUCUGUUCACAAAAUUCAGUGGUUUAAUAGACCACCUCGAAGUUAUGGAAUGUGGCAUCUGGUUGGAAGAGCGAGGGGGGGAUGAACUCAACUAUCUAAAAAGCUACCUGUCUUGA